CGGAGCGAGGACGGCUUGUUCUUCUCUUAGCCUACAGGACUGUUUUAAAUCCCCCCAUGUUUCUCUUCCGAAGCCCGGCGGACCUGGAUGUGAUUUAUGUUCGGUAAAGGCGCGAAGCGGAAGCUGGAUGAGGAUGAAGAGGCGCUGGAAGGCAAAACGCUGGAGGCGCCGUUGGCGGGAGGGGGACUAGGCCUGUGUCCGGAAGGCCUGUCCAAGGUGUCGUACACCCUGCAGCGGCAGACCAUCUUCAACAUCUCCCUGAUGAAGCUGUACAGCCAGCGGCCCCUCGGCGAGCCCAGCCUGGAGCGCCGCGUCCUCAUCAACAACAUGCUGCGACGCAUCCAGGAUGAACUGAAGCAGGAGGGCUCCCUGCGCCCGCUGCUCUUCCCUCCCUCACCACCACCAGAUGACCCCAUGGACGAGGGCUUCCGUGAGGCGCCACCUUCCUUUGGGACAACACAGGUAUCCCAGCCGUCUGCGCUGCUGAUGCCGGUCAUUGCUCCCCCGCCUUCACCCCACCCGAUGGUGCCUCCCAACUUCCAGACACCCCAGGCCUGCCCCAGCAGAGUGGAGCUCGGCUCCGCCCCUCUGGAAGCCUGCCUCACUCCGGCCUCUUUACUGGAGGAGGAUGGGGUAGAUUCAGCCUUUUGUGCUCCAUCCCCUCCCACUCCUCCUCUGUCGCCUCCCCCAGCACAGCCUCCACCCUUACCCUCGGCCCUUCUGAGCCAGGCUCCCCCAAGGGUCCCUGUGCCCGCCUCGUCCAAUGACAGCUUCCCCUCCGCUCUGAGUGACAUGGAGUUGGGUCCUCCCACAGCCAUAGCAAGGACAGCAGCAGCUAAUACUACGACCGUGACUACCUCCCCAACUCCCACCCCACUCACCCCGCCCUCCCACCUCGCACCCCUCUCCCCCACACCCACAGGCCCACCCAGAGACUGCAGGACCAUGGGUGCAAAACUAGAGGCAGCUGGCGUCUUGCUAGCUGAAGGCCGCUGUGUGGAGCUCCGGCCGAUGGACACUCUGCCCACACUGCCCCCUGGUGGCCUGGUAGACAUUUCUUCCUCUCCCUCGUCCCCUCCUUCCUCUUCCUCACCCUCGGGGUUCCUCUCAGACUUGGCGCUGGACGAUGUCCUGUUCGCCGACAUCGACACGUCCAUGUAUGACUUUGACCCCUGUACGACAGCGGGGGCUGGGGGCGUGGCAGCAGGCGGCGGCCUCACCAAACUGUCAUCAGUGGUGACGGCGGACGACCUCCUCAAAUCUCUGUCAUCGCCGUAUAGCGGCCCCGCCCCCCAGGUUUCAGCCAAUCAGCCUUUCAAAAUAGAUCUGACAGAACUGGACCACAUUAUGGAGGUGUUGGUGGGAUCGUGACUCAUGGAUGCCCCCAUCUCUGCAACACACGGACUGAUAAAUCACGAGAAUAGACUGAAAUGAAAGAGAUAGCGAUGUGGGGGUGUCUCGUGGUUUUUAUGUUGUUGUUUUUUUUUACUCUCUUCAAAGGUCGGUAAUUGUAAACAUCAAUGGUGAUGUCAUUCAGUACUACUAUGACAAAUACUACUACACACACUGUGCAUGCACUGCGCUCGCCUUUCCAACGUAUGGAAAAGAAAGACAAAUACGCUUGUAUUUCUAGACUUGUGAGGACUGAUUGCAUUCAUUCCCUAAUCUCAACCUAGUUUCAACCUCAACCUUAGCCUUAACCUGAUAAUGUAACUGUAAAUACAAGACAUGACGACCUUCACAUCGUCCUCAUUUUGGAGGAUUUCCUGCACUCAGUCUUUCAUAGUGCUGACAUUUACUCCUCACAGGUUUAGAAAUACAAGUACACACACACACACACACACACACACACACACACACACACACACACACACGCCCACACACACACACAAACAGAAGUCGAGGCUUUUAGCAGUUGAGUGCCUUUCAAAAUGACCACUUGUUCAAUUCCUGUUUUUUUUACAAUAUAUUUUUCUCACUUUAACAGCCUAUAGAGAGGUCACUCCUCAAUGUUUCUUUAAUUUAUUGUAUCUAAUAAUCUAUUAUUAAGGAAUUUAAAUUCAUGAUCAAAUAAUUAUUUAAUCUUUAUCUUAUUACAGAUGUUUUGUUUUUAUUGGUAAAGCGAGGCUCACAUAGUUUUAGCAGUGUGCUACAUUAAUUAUUUUUUUUGCUUGGCUUUAUAUUAACGCUAUGGGAGUUUAUCUAAAACAAAUUGCCUGCGUGUUUGUUUAACUCGGCGGUAGACGUCUGUUCUUGGACACGUGGCGUCUAUGAAUUCAGUUCAGGGGGGUUUUUUCACAUCCUCUUCCUUAUGGGCAGCACGUACAGUGUAACUGUGCUGGAUGCUGUUUCACAUGAGCUCAGUCGUUCCCGCUGGUUAUCAUGCUUCACUUACAGCACAAUUCAAAUGAGCUAAGUGUUUACAUUGGAGACGGCAGCACCACCACCAUCUAACUCUUGCCUCCCAGUUUGACAGAGAUGAUUUAAAAAGCUUCAACUUAAACAGAGACUUUAGCCACUAAACACAUUUUAACUUGACUGUAUCGGACCCAAGACAAAACCGCUCACACACACACACUGCACGGAGAGUCACUGUGGUACCAAAUGUGACUGCAUAGAAUUACUCGGAAAAACACACUGAAACCCAAAAUGUUGGCAGAAUUGCCUUACUUUUGGUUUGGCUCUUACAGAGCUAGCAACAUCAGUGACAGACAAAUUACAGCACACUAGCAUACAGUAUUACAUGCAGCCUGUAGUAUGUUUACUUGUGUUUGAAAUAGGAGCCCUACAUGCCAAAUCUCAGGGUUCCGCUUUCUUCUAUACAUUGUGCUGCAGUGUUUCAACCCAGAGAGCCAAAUACCCGUGUUUAACAAACACGAUGGCAGGACAUUUCAAUCUAUUUCCUAAAUCAUUUUCAUCUUACAGGUCAUUUCUACUAAAGAAGGAAACCAAGACCACAAUGUAAACCUGAUCCAACACCAAUGCAAACCCUCAAACACUACCCUCCUGCACACUGAGUUUUGACACAAACGGACCAAAUGUGAUGUCAGCAUGUCACAUAGGGGUCACAUGAGGACUCCUAAGGUCUUUAUGUUUCCUUUCCAGCGGACCACUCUGUCACACACACACACACACACACACACACACACACACACACACACACACACACACAAGUUUUAAAUAGAUUAGGAAUACUCACUUUAUCAGUGCUGUGUCCUCAGCUGAACCUCGUAUUUGCUCUGUAUUGAAGUUAGAAAUUAUCCUGUUUACAUAAAUCCCCCCCCCUUCCCCCUUUUAAAAGUAUUGAGCUGAUUUUAUGUUUGAUCAUUUUAACAGUCAAAAGUCCAACGUCCCAAAUCACCAGACACGCUGUGAUAAAAAAGGAUGAAAUGUUUGUAAAGAACAUUUAGAAGUAAAGGCAGAAGGCUGCAAACAAUUCAAUCACUGUCAUGUAUUUCUACCGUAUUAGACUGCAGACCUUCAUUUGUAGAAGAAGCCACAAACAGGACUAAAGACUGCAUUUGGCAAUGUCACAUGUUUAGUCACAAUUUGCACAAAGCCUAUGUUGGCAUCAUGAUAGUAAUAAUUUCUAAAUGCUUGCAGGAAACAUAGGCAUAAGUAAAUAACAGACUCACAUUUCUCCUUCAUUUUUAGAAGUCAGACUUAUAACAGCACCGUAGGAUUACAACGUUUUUAAGAUGCAAGUUAAUGGAUUUUAAAGAGAUGAUACAACAUAACAAAAUAACUGUUCUUGUCUCAAUAGAUGUGUUAAUUGUAGGCUCCAACCUUAAAGGAAAACAUCCACCCAGGGAAACUUUUAUUCUUAGGCUGAUGUGAAGCUCGAUUAUACGUCAGUGAUUCUGUCUCCUCCUCCUCACUCUAUAUGAUUGUUUGAUAUCAGGAUCAAAGAUCAGUUAUAUCUUAAUUAUCCACACAAGGCAUUUUCUGAAAUGAUCUCAGACCUAUACAAAAGAAAUGUCAAUGUCCAUUUUUAUAUACAUUUUUGGCUUCACACUGUUGUAGUAAGCCAUAAUUCACUCUGUUUGACUUGCUAUGUACUGAAAACGGAGCACCUUUAGUUUGGUGUCCAUUUUUAAAAAAUGGUUAGCAUUCUCAGCUGACAGGUUGUUUAACUUUGCGAUGUUCACACUCUGACAAGUGGAUUAGCAGUGAACUAAGUGAAGGAAAAGUAAGGUAUUAUCUGCACUGUGCGCUCCCCGGGGGAUGUUUUUUAAAAUCUAGACAUACUAACACUUGGCUUUCGAACGUACCUGUAGGAAUAAAAAGAUUGCUUCACUUGAUUUUGAACAGAGCUAAAGAGGAACAUCUAGCCGACUAGCUUUUCACAAUGUGAUACAAAAACAGAAAAGACUCUGCAGUGGUCUAGAAUAUUAAAGGACAUUAUCUGACAAAUUAGGGUGGAGUUUUCCUUUAAGGUUAUUAGAACUAAAGAGAAACCUGAAUCACACACGUGUCACAGCGUUGCGGUGGGUAUGAUAAUGGUAUUUUUUAGCAGAGGUCUCCGCUGUAAAUGGGGCAGAAUGUGUAAUCUGGAAUCCAGUCCGACUAAUUUUACUGUGUGGUGUUAAAACUUGUUCUAACGGACGAUAAGUAGUUUUCCCAACCUGCAAUUAACCUCCAGCUCAAGUGUUAAUGAACUGAAUCACAGCCCAGCGCAAGCCGAGCAGAAAGCAGCACAGACUCAAACUGUUUGCAGACGACUGUCUCGUUUCUUUCAAAAUGUUUGAAUUUUGGAGUGGUUGUUUUUGUUUUCUUGGGGGUCAAUGAAGUUAUUUAUUCACAUUGUUUUCCUCUUCUGUGUAAAUAUAUAUAUUUAUUUUUGAUGUGAAGUGAACCUUUUGGAUUGUAAAUGUGUGUACAGAAUGUUUGGUAGGAAUGUACUUCAGGUAGGAAUGUAUCUGAGUGUGGACUUAUGGGUGGAAGCCAUUUUUUUUAUAUACAUAGGAUAUUAUAUUACCUUGUUUAUCUGUUUGUUUGAUUCUUUUGUUGUUAUUGAUUUUUUUUGUGUGUGUGGGUUGACAGCCACAGCUUUUUACACAUUUUUCUACUUUUAUGUUCAUCAUUUUCCAGUUGAAGGCGAAACAGUACAUGCAGCAAUACUCAAAAAAACCCGUCUCCAACCUUCAGAUGUCAAACUCCAAAGCCUGUCAUAGACACUUCAAUGCCAAAAGUGAUGUACAUAGUAUGAACAACAGUCAAGCUCCUGAGACUUUUUUGAUCAGUGUUUGAUACCGUAUCUGUUUUAGCGCUGUCUGAACGUGCUGCGGCUCGAAACCCAGAGAAAGACUGACCGCAGCGGAGGCGGAUUCCCUCUAAGAAGGCUGUAUUUUACACAGACCUCUGAGCUGUGCCUUUUUCUAUGCAAUAGAACACAAACAGAGAAACUGUCAGCUGAUCACUGUAACGGGAUACAAAUGUGGACUGUAGAUAAUAUAUAUAUACAGUAUAUGUAUACAUAUAUAUGUAUAUAUAUACACAUAGUAUAUGAGAUAACAGACAGCUGUCAAUGAAUUGGAAACAGUCUUACUUUUGUAGUUUUAUAUAUGUAUAUAUAUUAUGAUAUAUAUACAUAUAGAUACAAUAAACUGUAAAAAGAGA